AUGGUGGCCAUUAGGAAACAGAAAAAGCAAAGAACGCGGUUCGUGCUGGCAAUGUACUUUUUGUGCUCAAUGUUUUACAGAGCCCGCCAUGCACUCUGCGCAGAAGACAAUGAAGACAAAAAUUCAGUAAAAAGAACACCCAUGAAGUGGCUGGACAACUACAUGAACAAAGAAGUUACGUGGGACAACCUUAAAAUAAACCCUUCAGGCCUGCUGGCAGAGCUGUACAAGACAAGCAGAAACAACAUAGUCACUGCUGUUGUAAGUAUAUGCUUUGGGCCUGUAAACAUAAGAAGAACAGGGGAUUGGGGCCUUGCAACGGCAGAGCUGUCUACAAUGAUCAAAAGAACAUGCGCUGGGAAUGCUAUAGACCCUAGACAAACCCUUCUUUAUAAAACAAUAGUCAAUCAAAAUCUGCACGGAGUGUACAACGAAAGAUCAAUUAUUCUAGGACUAUGCGAUUUAUUUCAAUUAAAAAAUCCAAAUGAACUGUGCAGGAUAUACAAGCAUCUCAAACACAUGCACAGCCCAAAUAACAGAGACACUAUAGAGACGUAUGCGCACAAACAGCCUCACGAAAUACUUCAGUGCAUCUACCUACACUGUGUUUUAUACGAAAUGGAUUUUGCCUUGGAAAGACGGGUAUAUGGUGAAGGUCUGAAUAUAUUUCUGUAUAACAUAGGCAGAGAGAUAGACUUUCUAGUAGAAAAUUCUUGCAACAGAUCAAACCCAUAUAUUACUAUAGAGACGUAUUUAAGCCAUAUAGCAGACUUCUCAAAUAGCGAAUCGAAUAUUGUGCAGAGCCACUACAGAACGAUUAACCACUUUCUUAAUAAGAGAAUAUAUCCGUAUGGCUUAGAGUACAUUAUACACAAGAAAAAAUCAUUUGCAGACGACUACAUGCCUAUUCCAGAAUUUUUCAGUAAAAUGUACAAUCUGGCUCCUGCUGCCUAUCUCCAUCCUGUAUUCAGGUUUGCAAUAAGAAACAGACUGAUUAUCAAACUCGACCCAACCUGGCCAAAAAGAACAAACCGAAAUAACAUCGCAUCUUUUAACUCCUGGUUUAUUUCUUUUGAGAAAAACACAGAUCCAAAUAGCGUAGACAUAGGCGGUUUGGCCCUGAAAGACAUGUGCAGGGAAACACAGGCGAGACUAAACAUCUUUAUAGUGAUGAAAAGCCCUGAGGCAGAAGCGUAUGUAGAAGAGUUCAAAAAGUGUUUUGCAAAAGACACCAUCAUAUACAUAAUCAGAGACCUAAACAGCGAUAGUAUAUACAGAUACGGAUAUCUCACUCGAUCAGACUACAAGUCUAUAGAAAUAGAUAACAAAAUAAGAUCUUUUAAGAUUUCUGCGAAUAGAGCGGAAAAUAGCUUUGCUGUAUAUGGUAUGGUUUCUGGCUCUCUGCUAGUUCUUCUUUACUGUCUGGCAGCAAGAGGUAGAUACAACAGCUUGGUUAUCUCAUUGGCUACUUUCUUUGUAAGCAUUGUGAAGACAACUGUGCUGUCAAAUAUGAAAAAAGUAGAUAUCUCUAUCUUCAACGCUUUCAAAGUGAUAUCUCUUUUAUUUCUGGUCUAUGGGACGCUGGGCCUUCUAGAGCUUUUUUUACUGCCUGCCGGCACUCUUCAGCACAUUUCAACUGCAAAAUUUCUCUAUGUUUUUCUAUGGGUGUUUAUUGCCGUAAACUUAAUAUGCAGCAUGCACGACAGAUUCAUAUUUUCAACAAAGAAAGCCAUAAACAGAACUAAAGCAUUCUUUACGCUGUUUUCGCUUAUAGCAUCGGUACUACUAAUUCUACUGAUGGAAGGGAUUCUUUUCUUGAAUGGCAAGGCAGGAGAGCAGUUUGUUGCACACACAAAGCUUCCUUUUUUCUCUUUAGCUCUGUACUACAUUGCUGUAUCCUACAUGAACAUAAAUGUAAUAGCCAUACUAAAAAAGCCAAAAAAGAUAGUUCGGAUAUUAAAGAAAGUUGAAGGAGUGGGAGACUAUGACCUGUUCUGCCAUAUGCUGCUGACUAUUUUUACAGGAUUCACUUUGCUGUUCGCUCUUCUUUUCUACGGCAUUUUGUUGUACCUGGGCUCGUAUGAUGGCAUAGAAAAAAGCAGUGUUUCUAUAUUUGCGUUUAUACAACGGUUGUUCGCACAUAAAUCUGUUGCAAACUAG